AUGUCACGGCGCACUAUCGGCGGUGGAAGGGUCUUGGGAAGUAGUAGGACUCUUGGACCUCCGCCGCCGCCUCCUCCAAAGUCGACGUCGCCUCUUCCCAGCCAUGUCCUGUCCCCCUCCGCUUCGAGCCUCUCUCUGAAUACCUCUGAGAGCGGCGCCUCUACCCCUCCGUCGUCCGAUCCCCAAGACAUCGCAUCCCGAGUAUCCCUCGACCAUGGAGCACCCGAUCUGUCUACACCUGCGGCUGCGGCUGCCGCAACAGACCGCUUGGUCUGUCCCAUCUGCAACGAGGAGAUGGUCACCUUGCUGCAACUGAACAGACACCUGGAUGAUGCGCAUAAAGAGAUUGAAGAAGAGCAACAGGAUGAGGUCAAAGACUGGUUUAAACAACAAAUGGUGAAGGCAAAGAGAUUCCAGCCAUUGGCGGUCCUGAAUCAGAAACUCAAGGGGCUAGAUGUCUUUGAGUCGAACCAGGACAUCGUCCGAAGCAGUACCCCUACACCGAGAAGUGAGGCCGUCUUAAGAGAUAGUAGAGACUCUCCUGCUCCGCCUUUGCCUCCGAAACCCACACCAUCAGUCCUCGAUCCGGAGGACAUUAUCACGAAGCAACACUGGCAAAAGCGGACUGCUUUCGAUGUGUGCUCGGACCCAACAUGCGAGAAGAGGCUUGGUUCGACGGUAGGAGCUGUCAACUGUCGACAUUGUGGGAAGCUUUUCUGCGAGGAGCAUACAAUGUAUCAGAUGAAGCUAUCGAGAUCUGCACAGCAUGAGCCUGUCCGAGGACUCUGGUACCGAGUGUGCGAGACAUGCUACAAAAGCCGGGAGGGUUACACAGACCGGCAUGGUCUAGAACGAGACAGAAUGAGCGAGUUUGAAAGCGUCAGGCGAAGUAAGCUCAGUCAUAAAGAGAUGGAGACGUCCAGGCUGGAGAAAAGGCUAUCAAGGUUGACGCAAAUCCUGGCCAACCCUCCGGACGAGAUCCCGCAGCCGACGAAUAACAAGAGAUGGUCGUUGAAUUGGGUCCCAACCGAUCCUCGAAAGGCUCUUGAGCAAAGUAUCGUGCCCUGGCAGAACGACACUGACGUCCCGAGAUGUCCGUACUGCCAACAAGACUUCAGCCAGUACUCUUUCCGGAGACAUCACUGCAGAACUUGCGGGAAGGUCGUCUGUGGUGACGCCGCUACUGGAUGUUCAAUCGUCAUCGGCCUCGAUGUGGCUACUACUAACACCCACAUCACCAUCACAGAAAAGCCCGCACCCAACGACACCGUAGCUGUGGACGUCCGUCUCUGCAAAGAGUGCAAUCAGACGAUCUUCUCACGCAGGGACUUCCAAGCCUCUCUAACCUCGCCCUCUGUCGAGGCUUUCACCCGAUCCUACACCAAUCUUCUUCAAUUUGAACGGGGUAUCCGGCUUCUGCUCCCAAAAUUUCAAAAACUUCUCCAGGCUCUCCAAGACCCCGACAAUCCUCCGUCGUCAAGCCAAAUCACCGAUGCGUCGCGGACGCGCAAGCGACUCAUGGACUCAUUCACCCAGUACGACACCGCAGCUCGACGCAUACGGGACAUGCCUAGCCCGUCACCGACACAACUCAAACUCCAGAAGGCCAUCUACCAAAACGCCACACAGUUUCUCCAUCUCCACAUGCUACCUUUGAAGUCGCUGCCGAAGGUUUUGAAACAUGCCACACCGCAUGGCAGCAGCGCAAGACCAGCGGACUUGCACAACAACCCCAACCCUCGUUCUUCCCUGGCGAUCUUGAACGGCGUCCACCACAAGAGGAAGGACUCGUCGUCCGCACUCAGCGUCGCGUCUUUUGCCACCACCAACUCAGCGCGGAUAUCCGAGCUCGAAGCGGAAGAAAAGUCUCUCCGCGAGCGCCUGAUUGUCCUCGAGGAACAGAGGUUUCUCGUGCAAGAGAUGAUCGCCGACGCCAACCGCCGGAGGAAAUUCGACGAGGUGGCGGCCCUGGCAGGGAAUGUGGAGGAUCUGUCGGCCGAGAUCGACGCCGUGAGCAAACUGGUAGACGGGGUCCGAGGAGAAUUCGAGGGACUGUACACCACCAGCGGCUUGGGGAGUGGCGUGAACAGCCCACAGCGAAAGAACUCGGACCUUGGCACCAGUAGGGGAAUAGGUAUGGGCAUGGGCUUGGGCACGGGAAUCGGCGCGGGAAAGAUGAAGACUGUUGAGAAAGGAUGA